GUUAAAACUGGUGAAUAUUACGCUGUAAAAGUCAUUAAUAAGAAAUUGAUGGAAGGUAGAGAACAUAUGGUUCGUAAUGAAAUUGCGGUUUUGAAAAGGAUUUCACAAGGGCAUCGAAAUAUUUUAACUUUAGUAGAUUAUUUUGAAACAUAUAACAAUUAUUAUGCAAAAGGAGGGGAAUUGUUCGACCGUAUUUGUGCAAAAAUGUAUUAUAAUGAGCGUGAUGCAGCUCAUAUCAUAAAAAGCGUAACGGAGGCCGUUUCUUAUCUUCACGAUAACGAUAUCGUUCACAGAG